AUGUCUCCGCUUCUCAUGGAGCAGUACGAUAACGAUGCGAUGCAAAUGCCUUUUGCACAGCGACCUAUUGUCGUUUUAGGUGCAGGCAUUAUCGGAUGUGCAACCGCCCGCCAACUACUCCAAAGUGGCUUCCCCGUGGUAGUGGUGGCCGAAUAUCUGCCCGGAGAUCAAGAUAUUACCUAUGCAUCUGCGUGGGCGGGCGCCGCCUGGCACGCUGCUGGUGGGAUCAACCCCGAGCAGCGUUAUCUUCAAGCAGUGACCCAUCGAGUCUUGCUCAAAAUGGCUCAGAACCCGGAAUCUGGUGUCAGUAUUGUCAAAGCACGGGAAUAUUUGGAACAAAAACCGGCUCCUGAUUCGGCGAUCUGGGGAAGAACUGUCACCGCUAAGUUUCGGGAGAUGAGCCGCGAUGAAUUCCCGGACAAUUUCUAUUGCGCUUGGUCCUAUGAGACUCUGGUCACGGACCCCACACGACAUAUGCCAUAUCUUGGCAAGCAAGUCACGGAAUUGGGAGGAGCUUUUGUUCGCCAGCGAGUCCAGUCCCUCCAGGAGCUGUACGACAUGUUCCCAGAAUCGAGGAUCUUCAUCAAUGCCAGCGGGCUCGGCAGUCUGACCCUCACGGAUGUUCUGGAUGAUCGCUGCUUCCCUGAAAGAGGACAGACCGUGUUUCUUCGAACGGACAAAUGCAGUACCAUGUACUUCCGCAAUGGUCAGGAAUAUACCUAUGUCAUUCCACGACCUUUAUCGCACGGAGUCGUCCUGGGAGGCGUGAAGCAACAAGAUAACCUGUCUCCAGAAGUGGAUCUCGAUAUCGCGCGAGAUGAGAUCACACGUGCACAUCGGCUCGCUCCCGACGUUGUGCCGGAACAACCGGCAGAUGAGGAUAUUAGCCAUAUUAUUGGAAUUCGACCCUCCCGGCGAGGUGGAUUUCGUCUUGACUCGGAAAAACACGGCGAUCGAAACGUGAUUUCAGCCUAUGGCUUUGGUGGUGGGGGAUACGCCUUCUCGUAUGGCAUUGCAGAUGCGGUGGGAAAGAUGGUUGAAAACGUCGAGCGUGAGAAUGUGAUUGUGUAG